GAGCGCGACGGCGGCACCACCAAGCCGCCGUGGGCUCGGGGAUCGGCAGCCUCGCGGUGCUAGGCAACGCUGGCGGCAAGCAGUACAGUGACCUCGGGAUCGACGCAAUGCAGGCCUUGGCGGCACUCGCCGAAUCCAAGGGAGACAGGGAGAUGGCCGAGAAGUAUCGUGGGGCCAUCAAGGCAAAGUCCCAGCCAGCAGCCCCAGCUCUGUCCAAGGAUGAGUUGCGUUCCAUGGUCAAGUUGGCUGAAACAUCGGGUGACGAGGACACGGCGAAGAAGUACAAACUGCUACUCGACCAGGCCAAGGGGAAAUUGGAAUCGGAGAAUGCGGUCCUCAGCAACCUACUGGUGCAGGUGGAGGCCAAGCGCCAGUUGGUCUCGGAGCUGGUCUCGGAGCUCGAUCUUGCCGGAGCCGAGUGCAAGCUGGCGGCGUCGGAGGCGGCGGCGGGCGUGCGCGCUGCCGAGCAGGCGGCCACUGCAGGCGCGACGCAGCCCGUCAAGCUCUCAUCGUCGAAACUCAUGGAUGGUGAGUUUGACAACCUCGUGCUGGAGGAUGACGGGCUUUUCGGCUGCCAGCGGUUUGAGGAGCUGGGGCAGGAGACAUAUCAUGAGGCGCAGAAUCGCAAGAAUCAGAUGCUCCAGACGUUCAAGCAGAUGGCGGGCACUUUCUUUGGCGAGAUCCGCCGGGAGG